CUGGCCUCCUCCCUCCCUCCACCUGCGGGUCGCUUCAGGCUUUUCGUUUCCGUUUUUCUGGAUUUCGGGAUCCUUCUUCCGGUUCGAACCCUUUUCAUCGGCUCUGAGUUUACCCUGAAUUACCCGAGGGUUCGUUUUUACCGUAUGAAACAGCAGCGGGAGCGCGCUCUUUCGGACAGACGCUACACCGAACAAAGUGACCGAAACUCGUCCAGACACCUGCUGCGGGGCAUGCGCACUGGAAGGUCUCUGCUGGUUUAGGACCGAACCGGAGCGCAGAGGGACUCUAAUGGAUCAUUAAUGGGCACAAGAGGAGCUUAUUAGUGUAGUUUGAUCCACCGGGGAAGCACGAUGUCCGUGAACGAGCUGUACACGAAGUACACUCGGGUCUGGAUCCCGGACCCGGUGGACGUUUGGAAGGCUGCAGAGAUCGUCAAAGACUACAAAGAAGGAGACCCGGUCCUUCAGCUGAAACUCGAGGAUGAAACGCCUCUGGAGUACCCCGUGGGACCGAAGAGUAACCCUCUUCCUUUCCUGCGUAACCCUGACAUCCUGGUGGGGGAGAAUGACCUCACGGCGCUCAGCUACCUGCACGAACCCGCCGUGCUGCACAACCUGCGAGUGCGAUUCCUCGAGUCCAAUGCCAUCUACACAUACUGCGGGAUCGUGCUGGUGGCGAUCAACCCGUACGAGCAGCUGCAGAUUUAUGGCGAGGAGGUGAUCAACGCGUACAGCGGGCAGAACAUGGGCGACAUGGACCCUCACAUAUUCGCUGUGGCUGAAGAGGCCUACAAGCAGAUGGCCAGAGACGAGAAGAAUCAGUCGAUCAUCGUGAGCGGAGAAUCCGGAGCAGGGAAGACGGUUUCUGCAAAGUACGCCAUGCGGUUCUUUGCCACGGUGGGCGGCUCAGCCAGCGACACCAACGUGGAGGACAAAGUUCUGGCGUCCAGUCCCAUUAUGGAGGCGAUUGGAAAUGCAAAAACCACUCGCAAUGACAACAGCAGCCGCUUUGGAAAGUACAUCCAGAUCGGUUUUAACAGACAUUACCACAUCAUCGGUGCCAACAUGCGCACCUACCUGCUGGAAAAGUCCCGUGUCGUGUUUCAGGCGGAGGACGAGAGGAAUUAUCACAUCUUCUACCAGCUCUGCGCCUCUGCCAGUUUACCGGAGUUCAAAGACCUCGCCCUCACCAGUGCAGAGGAUUUCACGUACACGUCUCUAGGCGAAAACAUUUUCAUCGAGGGCGUGAAUGACGCCGAAGAUUUUAAGAAGACCAGAGAGGCCUUCACGCUGCUGGGUAUAAAGGAGAGCAGUCAGAACAGCAUCUUUAAAGUCAUCGCGUCCAUCCUUCAUCUUGGGAACGUCGAGAUCUGCUCAGACCGAGACGGGGAGUCCUGUCACAUUUCGAGGAAGGACGUCCACCUGCAGCACUUCUGCAGACUGCUGGGUGUGGAGCUGCAGCAGAUGGAGCACUGGCUCUGCCACAGGAAGCUUGCCACCACCUCCGAGACGUACGUGAAGACCAUGUCCACCAAGCAGGCGACCAACGCCCGCGACGCCCUCGCCAAGCACAUCUAUGCCCGCAUGUUCGACUGGAUCGUAGAGCACAUUAACCUUUCUCUGCAGACGUCCACCAAGCAGCACUCCUUCAUCGGAGUCCUUGACAUCUACGGGUUUGAGACGUUUGAGGUGAACAGCUUUGAGCAGUUCUGCAUCAACUAUGCCAACGAGAAACUCCAGCAGCAGUUCAACUCUCAUGUGUUCAAGCUGGAGCAGGAGGAGUACAUGAAGGAGCAGAUCCCCUGGACUCUGAUCGAUUUUGCUGAUAACCAGCCGUGUAUCGACCUGAUCGAGGCUCGGCUCGGCAUCCUGGACCUGCUGGACGAGGAGUGUAAAGUGCCAAAGGGGACGGAUCAGAACUGGGCCCAGAAGCUCUACAAUAAGCACUCCAGCAGCGCUCACUUCCAGAAACCUCGCAUGUCCAACAUCUCCUUCAUUAUCAUACACUUCGCUGAUAAGGUGGAGUAUCAGUGUGAUGGCUUCCUGGAAAAGAACAGAGACACAGUCUACGAGGAGCAAAUCAACAUCCUGAAGGCCAGCCAGUUUCAGCUCGUCGCCGACCUGUUUAGUGACAAAGACGACGUGGCCCCUGCCAAGUCUGCCAGAGUGAACGUCCGAGCGCUGAAGACUGUUCCCAAAGCUCCGAACAAAGAGCACAGGAAGACGGUGGGACAUCAGUUCCGGACGUCUCUGCAUCUGCUCAUGGACACCCUGAAUGCUACGACUCCUCACUAUGUGCGCUGCAUCAAACCCAACGACUUUAAAGAGGCCUUCUCGUUUGACUCGCGGCGAGCGGUGCAGCAGCUCAGAGCCUGUGGAGUCCUGGAGACGAUCCGGAUCAGCGCGGCCGGGUAUCCGUCCAGGUGGACGUACCCAGAUUUCUUCAACAGGUAUCGAGUCCUGAUGAAGAAAUCCGACAUGACGACAGCAGACAAGAAGCUGGUGUGUAAAAACCUGCUGGAGACGCUGAUCAAGGAGCCCGACAUGUUCCAGUUUGGAAAGACAAAGAUCUUCUUCCGAGCGGGUCAGGUUGCGUACUUGGAGAAGCUCCGGACUGACAAGUUCCGCUCGGCCUGCAUCAAGAUCCAGAAGACGGUCCGAGGCUGGUUGCAGAGGAUCCGAUACCGCAAGAUCCGCAAGAUGGCCAUCACUCUGCAGAGAUACGGCCGAGGCUACAUGGCCCGCAGGUACGCUGAGUUCCUGCGUCAGACACGAGCGGCCAUCAUCUGUCAGAAGCAGUACCGCAUGGUGAGAGAGAGACGCGAGUUUCUGAGAGUGAGACGCGCAGUGGUCACCAUCCAGGCGUACGCCAAAGGGAUGUUCACCCGCAGGAUUUACCAAGAGUUCCUGCUGCAUCACAAGGCGAUGAUCAUCCAGAAGAAUGUACGCGGCUGGAUGCAGAGGAAGCAGUUCAGACGAGCACGCAACGCCGCCAUCACCAUCCAGUGCGCCUUCAGACGCAUGCACGCCAAACGGCAGCUGAAGCAGCUGAAGAUCGAAGCUCGCUCUGCCGAGCACCUGAAGAAGCUCAACACGGGCAUGGAGAACAAGAUCGUUCAGCUGCAGAGGAAAAUGGACGACCAGUCCAAAGAGCUCCGCACUCAGAAUGAGCAGCUACAGACGGUAAACACCUCGCUGGGCUCAGAAGUGAACAAACUGCAGAAGCAGCUGGAGCUGCUGCGCAGUCAGCAGGAGGACGGAGGCCAGGUGAGGUCGCUGGAGGAGGAGCUGGAGCACUUGAGGAAGGAGCUGGAGGAGGCGCAUGCCCUGAGGAACAAGAUGGAGGAGGAGCAUAUCAGCGAGAAGAUGGACCUCACACAGAGGGUGGAUGAGCUGGAGAGAGAAAACUCCCUGCUGAAGAGCGAGAAGGAGGAAAUGAACCAACGCAUCCUGCAGCACUCAAAGAGCACAGAAGAGGAAGUGAGCAGUGUGUCUCUGCAGUCGGAGCUGGAUAAGGAGAGGGAGCGCUACCAGAACCUCCUCAAAGAGUUCUCCAGGCUGGAGCAGAGAUAUGACAACCUGAAGGAGGAGAUGUCGCUCAACAAGUUCCAGCCUGGCCACAGGAGGAACCCGUCCAAUCAGAGCAGCCUGGAGUCGGACUCUAAUUACCCGUCUGUCUCCACCUCAGAGAUUGGAGACACUGAGGACUCCAUUCAGCUGGUGGACGAGAUGGGGAUAGACAAGGCCGCUAUGGAUAUUAGUCUAUUCAUGAAGCUGCAGAAGAGAGUCCGAGAGCUGGAGCAGGAGAGGAAGAAACUGCAGCUCACAGUGGAGAAGAUGGAGGAGCUGGCCAAGCGAAAGGGCUCUGAGUCAAGGCUCUCCACCUCUGAGCAGGAGACAGCCGAUCUGGCCUACAAUAAUCUCAAGAGGCAAGAGCUGGAAUCGGAGAACAAGAAACUGAAGAACGACCUGAAUGAGCUGAGGAAGACGGUCGCUGAGCGAGCCUCGCAGAACAGCUCAUCCAAUGAGCUACAGGACAGCUACAACCUGCUGCUGAGCCAGCUUAAAUCAGCCAAUGAGGAGUUGGAUGCUCGCAAGGAGGAAGUCCUCAUCCUCAGGACGCAGAUUGUGAGCGCGGCCCAGCUGCAGGAGAAGACCGAGAAUAUCCUGAACCUGAACACAACGGAAACUGAUUCUACUCCUGUGGUGAACAACAGCACAGAGCCUGUGGACAAAGAGGAGGCGCUCAAAGCUUACCAUGGACUGUGUGAGUCCAAAAAUAACCAUCAGGACUGGUGUUACCUGAAUGAAGAUGGAGAGCUGGGCUUGGCUUACCAGGGCCUCAAACAAGUGGCCAGGCUGCUGGAGGCUCAGCUGCAGACUCAGUCUAGGCAGCACAAAGACGAGCUGGAGGCCCUUCACACUCAGAUCGAGCUACUGAAGGGUGACAUCGAGGAUAAGCAGGAAAAGCUCAGCUACAUGAUGUCUCUGUCUCCAGAGGCUCAGGUGGAGUACAGCGUCCAGCAGGAGAUCACGCGGCUCACCAAUGACAACCUGGAUCUCAAAGAGCUGGUGGAGAAGCUGGAGAAGAACGAGAGGAAGCUGAAGAAGCAGCUCAAGAUCUACAUGAAGAAGGUCCAGGAGCUGGAAGCUGCUCAAGCAGCAGCUCAGAGCAGCAGGUCCAAACCUGAGCUGAUACGCCAGGUGACCGUCCAGAGGAAGGAGAAGGACUUUGAGGGGAUGCUGGAGUACAACAAGGAGGACGAGGCGCUGCUGGUCAAGACCCUGAUCAAUGACAUCCGCCCCAACAACGUGUCGGGUACGGUGCCCUGUCUGCCAGCUUACAUCCUCUUCAUGUGCAUCCGCCACGCUGACUACAUCAAUGAUGACCAGAAGGUGGAGUCUCUGCUUACCUCCACCAUCAACGCAAUCAAGAAGGUCCUCAAGAAGAACAACGAUGACUUUGAGAUGACAUCCUUCUGGUUGGCCAACACCAGCCGACUGCUUCACUGUCUGAAGCAAUACAGCGGUGAGGAGGCAUUUAUGACACAGAACACGCCCAAACAGAACGAACACUGUCUGAAGAACUUUGACCUGGCUGAGUACAGACAGGUGUUGAGCGAUCUCUCCAUCCAGAUUUACCAGCAACUCAUCAAAGUGGCAGAAGGCAUCAUUCAGCCCAUGAUCGUGUCGGCCAUGUUGGAGAGCGAGAGCAUCCCCAGCCUGGCAGGUGUGAAGCCGAUGGGCUACAGGAACCGUUCGUCCAGCAUGGACACGGACGCCGACGGCCCCACCAGCUACACCCUGCAGGCCCUGAUCAAGCAGCUGGGGCAGUUCCACAACAUCAUGCGAGACCACGGUCUGGACCCCGAGAUCAUAGGUCAGGUGGUCCGGCAGCUCUUCCACUGCAUCAACGCCGUCACCCUUAACAACCUGUUGCUGCGCAAGGACGUCUGCUCCUGGAGCACCGGCAUGCAGCUCAGGUACAACACCAGUCAGUUGGAGGAGUGGCUCAGAGGAAAUAACUUGUAUCAGAGUAAAGCUGCAGCUACUCUGGAGCCGAUCAUUCAGGCUGCACAGCUUCUGCAGGUCAAGAAGAAAACGUCGCAGGACGCCGAGGCCAUCUGCACGCUGUGCACCGCGCUCACCAUGCAGCAGAUCGUGAAAAUCCUGAACCUCUACACGCCUCUGAACGAGUUUGAAGAACGAGUCACUGUGUCCUUCAUCAGAAACAUUCAGAAUCGCCUUCAGGAGAGGAAUGACCCUCCUCAGCUUCUUUUGGAUACCAAACACACCUUCCCGGUUCUCUUCCCUUACUCGCCGUCUGCCCUCAGCCUGGAGAUGCUGCACAUUCCUGCCUCGCUUAACAUCGACUUCCUCGUCAGAGUCUGAUGACCUGCUUUUAAUCCGAACUCUCACUAAUCUGACUGUUUCCCAGCAGCGUCUGCUGCCUGACACCUCUUAUUGAUCAUUAUGUUUCUGUCUCCAUGUCUUCCUGAGAGCAGCACGUCUGCCUUUCUGCCGAACAAGUUCAUCUCCUCACGUCUCUCUGAAGUAAAUCCUCCACGUUUCUGAAAAAAAACCUGCAGAAGGUUCAGUCCGGUCUGUGGACUUCACAUCACAGUUGUUCUUCUCUGACAGAAAACUGUGCUGCUGUUUGAGUAGAUAAAGAAACACAGAAGCUAACAGAAGGAGCAGGAAGGUUUGCAGAAGGAUGAAGAAGGUCAGGAAGAAAGUUCAGAGGGAUCAUUUAGACUCAGAAGAAAAACAAGAUUUUUUAGAUGUGCAUGAAGGUUUCUGAAGAUUUCAAACACAGACAAACAUCAGCGACUCGAAUAACUGACAAUAUUCAGCAUUUAAAAGUUCAGGCUUAAUCAGUCAAAAUGGCAUGAGAUUGGUUGGAUGUGUCAGAGGAGUAACAUGUUGAUUUCUGUAGACUCUUUACUUCCUUUGAACUUUGAAGGUUGUGGGUCGUAUUUAUUUAUUUAUUUAGUUAUUCAGUAGCAUUAAAAGGCUGAUUAUCUGCUUCUGUCCUGAUAUAACGACACCUUAAAACACUAAAAUUACACUAAACUAAAACUAAGCUGUUAACAGUUAUUUAAUCUCCUAUUCGCUCCUGCUCCUCCAGUCAUGUGUCAUCAUGUGACAGUCAGCUGUGGAGGAUCCCAAACGUGUCAGAAGAAAGUAUCAGAAGUUAUCAGAUCUGUCUUCCUGUGAUCGUUUGGCCAAUUAAAAAACAAAAUGAUAAAAUAAAAUGCUGCAAACGAAAGCAAAUGUUUAACAUGAAACUAACUGCUGAGACACAUGAGGGUUAUUCAGGUUGGUUGGCGCAGAGACGUGAAUCUUGUUUUUCUUGUAUUUAAAGAGAGAAAGAUGUUCGAAUGUAGACAAAUAAAUGAAGCGAUGAAGAUGAGACUGUAGUUUUUAAUAACAGCUGCUGGCAGGUGUGAAAGCAGUUAAUGAGCUAAAGAGCAGGUAGGUUGUUCUCCCCCUGACUUUUGGAAAACCUUGUUGUUCACUCAGCUGGUGCAGAGCAGUCUGGAAAACACAAAUCAACACUUUUUCUUUUCUUUUUUGACCUUUUUCUUUUCUGAGCGAUCUCCUCUCAGAGUCUGUGCAGGACUUCCACUUCGUCUCUCUGUAAUGUCGUUUAUUUCUGUGGGAAAUUAUUUUUUUUACUGUUUCUGUUCUUCUGUUUCUCUCUUUUGCACCACAUGUGGAAACACUAAUAAAAUACUAAAUAUGCACAAGAUAACACUGCAAACCCUCACACCCUCACAUUUUUCCUUUUCCUCCAAACCCACGUGCCAUUCUACGCUGGUGAUGUUCAUGUGUCUGAUCAUGUUCUGUUGGAUGCCGUUCAUCUUCAUCUUUUUAUGAAGUGCAAAUGUAAUAAAAUGAAGUUUAACAUGUGAAGAGUUUCACUGCAAACCUGCUGUGCACAAGUUUAAUAAUUCAGGUCAUUCAUAAUACAAAAACCAUAAAAUGGAUAUUUUUGUGCUGACUUCACACGUAACUGAAUGUUUGGUUUUAUUCUGCAGUAAAGAUCUUCAGUUUGAGAUGUUUGAGUCUGGAUGAA